AGCAUUUAUUGAGAAAUUCUUGAAGGAUGAGAUUCCACCUAGUGUCAAAUCGGAACCUAUCCCUGAAAAGAACGAUGGUCCAGUUUACGUUUUGGUUGCUGAUAUAUUCGAAGAAAUAGUAUAUGACAAGGAUAAAGAUGUCUUGAAACUUACGCCAAUUUACGAGAAACUCGGUGAAGCAUAUCAGAAAUUCAAAGAUAAGAUAGUAAUCGCCAAAAUGGACGCUACUGAAAAUGACCUUCCAACACGAGUUCCAUUCACGGUCAGCGGAUUCCCCACAAUCAAACUCUUCAAAGCUGGCGAAGACAAAGAAAUUGUCGAUUACCAGGGCGAUCGCUCAUUUGAAAGUUUUGUCGAGUUUCUGGAUGCUAAUGCAGUCAAUAAGGUUGAUGUUGACGUUACGCCGCCUUCUGAUUCACCUGCUGCUUCAGAAAGUGAAUCAGAAACCACCGCUACUGCUGCUGCUACUACUACACCAGAACCUUCGUCUACUGAAUCUACUGUUACUGAGAAACAACAGGAAACGGAAAAAGCGCAUGAAGAACUAUAA